AUGCCCGUGAGCAAACCUACGAAUCCGCCAACAGGGCUCCCAACGCCUCCCUCCUCUGUCUCGAUCGGGAAGAAGCCCAUGAAUUACCCUCCGACAACGCCAACGACGCCGCAAACGCAGCAGCAACAACCGAAGAGUGCCCGGGCGGCCUCCAAGGCGCCGGCGUAUGGCACCCAGCAACAACAGCAACAGGGUCGCCACCCCUCACCCCCGACGUCGAACGGCGGGGUGGGAAACAAGGGGAGAGGCGGGGGCGGUGGGACUGCGGGGUUGGGUCCGGGCUCGUCAGCACAGAAAGGGAAGGCGAAUGCCAACAAGAUCUGGAGCACGAGUACGACCGAGGAACGGGAGCGAAUCAAGGACUUCUGGCUCGGGCUAGGGGAGCAGGAGCGUCGCAACCUAGUCAAGAUCGAGAAGGACACCGUUCUGCGCAAGAUGAAGGAACAGCAGAAACACAGCUGCUCUUGUGCCGUGUGUGGCAGGAAGCGGAAUGCAAUAGAGGAAGAGCUCGAGCGCUACGUUUCGUCCGGCGGCACGAUCCCUCCUCCCCCCGGGCCAGGACCGUUCCCAGGCAGCGUGGAACUGGACAAGAACGGGGCGGUCGUUGCUCCGGCCCCCCCUCUAACGAACAAACAGCAUCGGUCUCGUACUAAACAGCAGCAGGUGGCAGCCCAACGAGGGCCGCCACCGCAGGCGAUGCUGCCCCCUGUGACGAACGGCCGGAAGCAAGCGCACCUGCAUCCACAUCACCAUCCACCGCUGGGCAAAGAGUCUGAGUUUGAGGACGACGAGCAGGAGGAGGACGACUACGAGGGUGGCGAGUACGAGGAAGAGGAGGAGGAAGAAGAAGAGCCGGAAGAGGAGGAGGAGGAGGAAGAAGAAGAGGAAGAGGAAGAAGAGGAGAUCCAAGCACCGCAGCAGCAGCAACUGGUGCGUCCAAACGCGAACGGUAGGGGCAACGUGAAGGAGCCAACCGCGCCGGUAUCGGGGCGAGGACCACCGCAGGCCGACCGGCAGAGCGCCCCCAAAGCGCGAGACGGGCCGUUUAAUAUCGGAAGCAGCCUCACGGUGACCGGUCCAGGGAACAUCCUGACUGUGGCCGAUGACCUGUUGAAGAACGACGGGCAAAAGUUUUUGGAGAUGAUGGAACAGCUUGCGGAACGGCGUAUGCAACGCGAAGAGGAGGCUGCUGCGGACGUGGAGGAUGAUAGCGACGAAGACAGUGACGAGGAUCGGGAUGGGAGUGAAGGAGAUGAAGAGGACGAUGGGGGUGCUAGUGAUGAAGAUGAUGAAGAUGACGAGGACGAUGAGGAGGAAGAGGUCAUGACAGAAGAGCAGAAGAUGGAAGAGGGCAAACGAAUGUUUUCCAUCUUCGCUGCGCGGAUGUUCGAGCAACGGGUGCUACAAGCGUACCGCGAGAAAGUUGCGCAAGAACGGCAGAUGCAGCUUCUGCGUGAGCUGGACGAGGAGGAUAAGACGACUCGGGAUCGUGAGGCCAAGAAGCAGACGCAGAACCAAAAGAAGAAGGACAAGAAGCGACAGCAGAAGAUGGCCAAGGAGGAAGAGCGGGCGGCCAGAACUGCAGAAAGGGCGGCGGAGGAGGCUGCAGCCAAGGCGAAGCUGAAAGAGCAGGAAGAGGAGAACCGACGGAAACGAGAAGAUGAGCGACAGAGGCGAGAAGCAGCGAAGAAGGCCGCAGAAGAGGACCGGCAACGCAAGGAAGAGGAGAAACGGAAGCGGCAGCAAGAGGAGCGGGAACGGGAACAGGAGCGAGAGCGGAAAAAGAAGGAAAAGGAAGAGCGGUUGAAGAAGGAACGAGAAGAACGAGAACGAAAGGCCAAGGAAGAAAAAGAGGCCCGACUCGCGAAAGAACGCGAAGAGCGAGCAGAAAGGGAACGAAUCGAGAAGGAAAAACGGGAAGAACGAGAAAGACAGGAGAAAGAGCGCAAAAUCGCGAAGGAGAAAGAGGAAAAAGCAGAACGAGAGGCGAAGGAAAAGGCCGCUGCACAGCGAGCAGCAGCAGCCGCAGCCCAAGCGCAGGCCAAUAUUAUCAAGGCUCAAACGCGAAACGCGAACUCUACUGCUUCCUCGUCGACCUCGUCGGUGGCGACGACGAUGAGCUCGAACAAGGGGGCCUCUGCGCCGGCUCUGCCAAAUCCGCCCCAAAUCCAGCGGUCAGCGACGACGAGUGGCGGCGUUACCGUGAGCGUGAAUGGCGCUGGCAAGAAAGCCAACAAGCAGAUUCCGCCUCCAUUGGCCUCGACGUCUGCUCCUGGUGUUGUGGGCCGACCUCAGCCUCCACAGCAGCAAGCACAGCCGCAACAGCAGCUCUCUCAACAGCCCCAGCAGCAGCCCAACCUACUGCGACCUCCCCAUCUUCCUCCUAUCAACCCUCAGCAGAUGCCUCCUCAUCUUCCUCCACCUCAGUCAGCCGGUGUCAUGUUCGGACACCCACAAGGACCUAUGAUGAUGCCACCUCCAGCACUAUCGCCUCGUAUUCCUGCCUUCCCCCCAAUGCAGUUUCCCUUUGGCCACCCAAACAUGCAGCACCACCCUCACGCUGCGCCUGGCACCCCGCUGGCACCUUCUGCUCUUCCUCGUUUCAACCCCGGGCCAGGCGGACCGUCAUUUGAUCCACCUGUGCCGUUCAAUCGCGGCAUGACGAUCGGCAUUGGCGGGAUUCCCACGGGUAUCCCACCUACGCCUUCUGCUGCUCCUUCACCUAUUGGACCUCCGAAAUCCAAGACACCGCUCGUUCCGAGCUCAUCGGGCCCGUCGAUGCUCGGUGCGCCUGGACAGGGAAGGCGUGGCUCUGUGCCUCUGCUUAAUAACAACUCAGCUAACGGUGGCUCAACCGCGAACAACGGCGGGCAGGCUGAGGGUUCAGCUGGACCCGGUCCGAUCACGCGUCCUGGUCCCAUUGCACCCAUCGCACGACCAACAGCUGGAGGAGAGGGCGCGAGCUCGAGUUCAGGUUCCCCAAGCAGGCGUUCGCCUAGCCCGAAAGGCCUGCUCGGCUCUUCCGCGCUUGCGGCAGACGAUGAUGAAGUCCUGUCGUCUACCACCCCUCGGCGCGCCGGAUCCGGGCCCAUUGGUAUCGGAAUCGGAAUGCCCAUCGGCCAUGGCCCUGGUGCUCUCGGUCCGCCCGGGACACAGUCGUGGGGUCCCGCGAGCCCGCGGACAAAUGCUACGCCUUGGGGGCCUAGCGGGCCAGGUAUAGGUGGUGGGCCAGCGUUCUCCCCGUCACCUGCUAGGGCGCUGCCAACGCCAAUCAGUAUUGGGAUGGGAUCAAACAGCCAUUUACAUGGGCCGCACCAUCCUUCGGUGCCUCCACCGAUUGGGAGCGCGUCGGUGUGGACAAACACGCCUACGACGGGAGGACCAGCAGACGCAUGGCACCCCCAGAACCCGGCUGGCUACUUCCCUGGUCCAGCGUAUCUCGGCACCACAACGUCAACUUGA